CGUAAAAGUACUACUCAAACAGAACCGAUUGUUCAGUGAGAUAUCGUUAUUCUGAUAUAAAAUAACUGCAAAAUCGUAGUUUUUUAAUUUUUUUGUUUUAAUUAUUCUCUUCAACAAACAAAUAUCCGGCAUUUGACGCGGAAAGAAAUACCAUUUUUAGUUCCCCCAUUACCUUAGUUCUUCCAGAUUGAAAGAAGCACUAUCCAUCAUGAUCGGUAAAUCGACUUUUAUGAAUCAGCUGUCCUCAGCUUUGCUUCGCAGACAGACUCCAGUUGCCUCGAGAUUAAUGCCUUUUUCCAUAACGUUUCCUCCAAUUAGAACAUCUGCCAAGCAUGGAGGAGGUUCUGCAAGGAAUUCAGGAGAUUCAGCUGGACGUCGUCUUGGUGUUAAGCGUUCAGAGAAUCAAUAUGUAAAUGCUGGCGAAAUUUUGGUAAGACAGAGAGGUACGAAGUUUCAUCCCGGAGACAAUGCCAAACUUGGACGUGAUUUCACUGUUUUCGCAACAGUUUCUGGAUACGUAAAGUUUUUUCAAAAGAAAAUUUCCCUUCGUCGCACCAGGAAGUACGUUGGUAUUGUUUUUGACCGACAGACUACCUUGCCUAGACCAGAGGAUGAACCAACUAUUCGAAGAGUUAACAAGUAUAUUGUACCAGAGGUCUCCACCUCUGCUUCUUCUCUUUAAUUUUCUUUUCCAAUGCAUCGUUAGCAGAUUUAAUAUCUGUUCAAUGUAAAGACCAUUCUUCCCUCUUCAUAAGUAUCAGGACCCCUCUCCAUAAUUCUUCUUAUACUCCGUUUCUCAGUUAUCCUUUUUUUUUCUGAUAUUCCCACCAGUUUCCUUUUUUGUAUCGUUUCCGCACACAUAAUCACAAUCUUCCUUUCCUUUCUCCCGCUCAUUAGACUAACUAGGUUCCUACAGGCUACUUGAAUUAAUACUGUUUUGUGCUUGUGUGUGGAACAAUAAAGUUAUACAACGCAUACUUUGAAUAAUUCUUUACAGUCGUAUCAUAUUGCACCUACUGAUGAACGGCACCAUUCAGAGAAGUUUUCGAAAAACCCAUCCUUGUACGAUUAUAAAGUCGUCAAUUUGUUUUACUAUGUAGAUUUUGUUAAAUACUACUCAAAUUUUUAUUAUUAAUUUAUAGCUAAUGUAACAGAUCAAUGUAUUAUUCAC